CGCAUUGCAUAUACCUUUCACCCUGCCCCAAAUUCGGUCAAUUCCGUGCCGAUAAUUCAAUACGGAGCCGUGCGUCUACCACACCGACACGUCGUCCCAAACUUUCAAUUCCUCAAUUCCGAGCAUAGUCCUUUGCUACUCGGAUUACAAAAAGCACCUACCUACUUAGCGCAAGAGCCCGGCCAGGUGGUCUACAUUCGCUUGAACAUAACAACUAUCAUAAUUUAAUUAUACUCAUAUACUCAUACUCCAUCGCCAACAUGAAGGCCCUCAUUCUCGUCGGUGGCUUCGGCACACGUCUACGGCCCUUGACUCUUACCAUGCCCAAGCCUUUGGUAGAGUUCGCCAACAAGCCCAUGAUUCUACACCAGAUCGAGGCUCUGGCUGCUGUGGGGGUUACUGAUGUCGUGCUUGCCGUCAACUACCGCCCUGAGAUUAUGGAGAGAGUCUUAAAGGAGUACGAAGACAAGCUUGGUGUUAAGAUCCACUUCUCUCUCGAGAGCGAACCCCUCGGCACCGCCGGUCCCCUCAAGCUUGCAGAGGAGAUUCUCGCUAAGGACGACUCUCCCUUCUUUGUCUUGAACUCGGACAUCACCUGCGACUUCCCCUUCAAGGCCCUCGCCGAGUUUCACAAGUCACACGGAGACGAAGGUACCAUUGUUGUCACAAAGGUCGAAGAGCCCUCCAAAUAUGGUGUCGUCGUACACAAGCCCAACCACCCUUCACGGAUCGACCGAUUCGUCGAGAAACCCGUCGAAUUCGUCGGCAACCGUAUCAAUGCUGGCAUGUACAUGCUGAACACCUCGGUGCUCCAGCGCAUUGAAAAGAACCGACCUACCUCGAUCGAGCAAGAAACCUUCCCCGCUAUCGUUCGCGAUGGGCAAUUACACUCGUUCGAUCUGGAGGGCUUCUGGAUGGACGUGGGUCAACCCAAAGACUUCCUAACGGGCACCUGCCUAUAUCUUUCUUCGCUUGCGAAGAAGCAGCCUCACCUGCUAGUUUCUCCUUCCGAGAGCUACGUAUAUGGUGGUAACGUCAUGAUUGACGAGUCCGCCAAGAUUGGUAAGAACUGCCGAAUCGGACCCAACGUUGUCAUUGGCAAGAAUGUUGUCAUUGGCGACGGUGUGCGUCUACAGCGAUGUACGCUCCUCCCCGGAUCCAAGGUCAAGGACCACGCGUGGAUCAAGAGCACCAUUGUGGGCUGGAAUAGCAGCGUUGGAAAGUGGGCUCGCCUCGAAAACGUCACCGUCCUCGGUGACGACGUGAGCAUCGGCGACGAGAUCUACGUCAAUGGCGGAAGCGUCCUCCCGCACAAGAGCAUCAAGGCCAACGUCGACUACCCGUCUAUUAUUAUGUAAUUUGUGACAGCGAUAUUUCGCUCUCUUUUCGACCGGCCACUUCGAUUUUUUUUGCGGCACUUCUUCCUGUGUAUAUCUGGUACCUUUUUUUCUUUCUUUUUUCUUCAAACCUCUUAUGAUUUCGUAAUAAGUUAGUUGUUCCGCCCUCGGGCUUCGGGCA